UGUAGUAGUAUCCUGAGCUGAGAGGACUCAAAAACUUAGCGAAGAUGGUGAAAGUUGCGACGUUCUUUGCUAUGUCUGUAGGAGCCUUCGCUUUCUGGCAAAUCAUGGACAAAAUCUAUGUCUGGAUCGCUCUUCAUCAGGAUGAGAAGCAAGAGAGAAUGGAGAAGGAAGCAGAAAUCAGAAGAAUGAGAGCAGAGCUAAUCAGAGAAAACAAAGAGCGGGAGUCUCUUGCCUAAGCUAUCAAGAAUUGCAAACCUAGUUGUAUUCAAUUCAACAAUUUGUUUUUGCUGUCUUUUUGAAUGUUUCAAGAUUUCUGC